UUGCCUUAGAUCGAGUUCUGCAUCUCAUCUAUAUACAAUAUACAUCAAAGGUCGUGUAUGUACCAGCUGACUGCAGGCUCCUUUUUAUUGCCCUUUUAACUGCUUCUGCUUCAGUUAAAAGACCUCGACUGGGCAGGCAGGCGCACAUGGAUCAUCAGCAGCAGCAGCAGACGCCAUGCGUGCCCCCAGGGUUCAGGUUCCAUCCCACGGAGGAGGAGCUGGUGGGGUACUACCUCGCCCGCAAGGUGGCCGCCCAGAAGAUCGACCUCGACAUCAUCCGGGAGGUGGAUCUCUACAGGAUCGAGCCAUGGGAUCUCCAAGAGCGGUGCAGCUACUACGGCGGCGCCGGCGGCCAGGAGGAUGAGCCCACCGAGUACUACUUCUUCAGCUACAAGGACCGCAAGUACCCCAGCGGCACGCGCACCAACCGCGCCACCGCCGCCGGCUUCUGGAAGGCCACCGGCAGGGACAAGCCCGUGCUCUCCUCCGGCCGCUCAUCCGCCGCCUGCCUCAGCGUCAUCGGCAUGAGGAAGACGCUCGUCUUCUACCGCGGCCGAGCUCCCAACGGCAGGAAGACCGACUGGAUCAUCCACGAGUACCGCCUCCAAAACAACGAGCACGCGCCGGCGCAGGAGGAAGGAUGGGUCGUCUGCCGCGCCUUCCAGAAGCCGAUGCCCAACCAGCAGCAGAGACACGGCUGCUACGCCGGCAGCUUCCCGGCCGGCUACCCCAGCAUGCCCACCUACUACUACGACGGCUCCAACGCCGCCGCCGCCGCACACGCGCGGCUACUGAUGGGCGGCGCUGCAGCUCCGGCGGCGAUGCAUGACCACACCCUGGUGCAGGCAGCCGAGUCCAAGCUGCAGGUGCAUCUCCUCGCCGACAUGCCGCCGCCGCUCCACAGCCCAGCCUUCGACGCCGCCGGCCAGUCCUACGAGCAAUCUGCGGCGGAGUCGUCGGCGGUCGACUGGAACCUGCUGAGCAGCCUGCUGCCGGCGGCGCAGCUUAACUUCCAUCAGCCGCCGGCUUCGCCUUCAUGCUCCAAGAACAACAAUGACCUGUGAUGUGAUCCGUCACCGUUAUGACUGCGUACGUUCACGACUGAUCGAUCGAUUAUGUAUUGACGACCGACCAAUUAUUAGCUAAGUAUUCCUUUCUUGUAGCUAGGGUGUAUUAUAUUCAUCAUUUCACUGAGAUCUUCCUGGAACUGAUUCAUCAGCUACCACUUACUCCUAGUUCUCAUCAUGCAUCUGCUGAUCGAUUUAUUUCUUCCACAUAUACACACACACACACACACACACAUCUGUAUUAUUGAUCACAACACAACAUAACAUCAUUAUAUUUGCCUACUACAAACUACAAAUGGUUUUCCCU